AUCGAUCACGUGCCAGAAGCUGAACCUUAUGAUAAAAUAAAGACAGCCGUAAUCCAACGCACCUCAGUUUCAGACGAGAGAAGACUGCAGCAAUUGCUAACGUCUUGUGAAUUGGGGGACAAGAGACCCUCGCAAUUACUCCGACAUAUGAAACAUUUAGCAGGAUCAUAUAAGGUAGACGAUGCAUUACUUAAACAGAUGUGGUUUCAACGUUUACCACAGAACGUCACCCAAAUUCUCAGCGUAUCAGGAACUUCCGUCAAUCUCGACGAUCUAGCUGAUAUGGCUGACAAAAUGAUGGAGAUUUAUCCCGACAGCCAGCGUUUGAAUGUACUACAAACCUCUAGUAGAGACACGAUUAGCGCAUCUAACAACAUCCAACAACAAAUAGCACAGUUAACACAACAGCUAGCAUCACUGCAGGCGACUAUUUCCACCAUCCAUUCUCGACCUGCCAGAUCUACAUCCAGAAGAAGACCAGUAUCCAGACAUCGUGUUAGGUCACCUAAACGAGCAGCCGGAAUUUGUUGGUAUCAUUCGAAUUAUGGUAAGAAAGCACGCCGUUGCACCAAACCGUGCAACUUUUAGACAAACAUACAAACUUUCAGGGAAACGAAGUGGCCAGACAGUAAUGGCGGCAGCUGUUACUGGUCAACAUGUUAGCCGCCUAUUUCACGUCAGGGAUCGCAUUUCUGGCUCGGACUUUUUAGUCGAUACUGGAGCAGAAAUCAGCAUCAUCCCACUCCAUCUCUUCCACAGACAACAGACAACAAGCACUAAACUGUCUCUAAUAGCGGCUAACGAAUCAGUUAUCAAAACUUACGGAGAGCAAUCCCUUAUAUUAGACCUCGGGCUCCGCAGAAGAUUCACAUGGGUAUUCAUAGUUGCUCAAGUCAAACGACCCAUCCUCGGGGCUGAUUUUCUUAGUGCGCACAACCUGUUAGUAGAUAUGACCAACAAGAGACUAAUCGAUGUAAACACACGUUUACAGGUAAAUGGUACACUCUCCAACGACAACGAAAUCCAUGGUGUUCGAAUAAUGAAACCUGUGAACAACAUUUUCAACGAUAUUCUAACAGAAUACCAGUGCAUUACAAAAUCAGAUUACCAAAAGGAAGGUAACCCACAGCUGGUGCAACACCAUAUCACUACCACCGGACCACCCAUUCGCGCCAGAGCGAGGAGAUUACCACCAACAAAGUUGCAGGCAGCUAAGAGAGAAUUUGAACACAUGAUGCAACUUGGUAUCAUCAGACCAUCUAAUAAUCCUUGGGCCUCGCCGUUGCACAUGGUACCAAAGAAAGACCAGGAUUGGCGUCCGUGUGGCGACUACCGCCGUCUGAAUAAUCAAACCAUCCCUGAUAGGUAUCCUAUCCCACAUAUACAUGACUUCUCGUUAAACUUACAUGGUAAAUGUAUUUUCUCUUAACGAGGUAUAUGUAUUCAUGUAUAUUAGUAAGUCCAAACAUAAUAUGAGUUCCGAAACGACUUCGGGAGGUUGUUAACCUAUAAGCCUAAACUACAUAAGCAUACUUUGUUGCCUGAGAUUUUAUACCUCUAGCCAUGAACAAAGCUUCGAUUUGUGCAAACCAGAUUCUUGGAUUAUUAACGCCGAACGUUGGUAGUCUUAAGUCUGAAAUUGCGUUGAUCGAGGUUAAGGCAUUAUCUUCUGAUUGUGAAGAGUUCAAGGAGUUGAUCAGUGGACUAUCUAUAUCAAUGAGUUUACCAGCAGAGUUCAUGAUGUCAAAAACAAAAAUAAAUGAACUAGCGUGCCGAGUAAUAAAAAAAAUGAAUAUAUAUAUAAACAGUAAACGUCUAUAAUGAAUUCAAGGCUCACCAAAUAAUUGUGGUGGACCAAACAGGUAUGAAUACAAAAAAUAUAAACAAAGUUAUUAAAAAUCAAUAGUAAUAUUGAUACACAUAAUUAAUUGUCACAAAUACAAUAAAAAUUGGGGACGUUACUUAAAUUGAUCAGAUGUUGCGUGUUAUGAUUAGGUCCAGUGAAGUAAAUCCACAAUUAUAAAUGUUUGUUGAUUCUGAACAGGUUGGUGAACUCUCUAAUGAUAUAAUCCACGUUGGAUGUGAUAUAUUUCGGUUACAGUC